UUUUCCCGAGUGUUUUCUAUAAAUUCGCGUGGUGAAUUUACCUUUCUCCGUGAAUUCACCACACCGAGUGAGAAAUCUUCAACAUAACCUCAAUGACAAUCAAAACACAACCUCAAAACACAUAAGAAACUUUAUUUACCAAAAAAGAAAUCUAAAUAAAAUGAAUAAAAUUCAAUUAUUUCGAUUAAGUUUGCAAGCUCCCCUCACAACCCAAAUCCGGGGAAAAAAGUAUGAUUUGCACGAUAAAUCAGUCCUGAAGCCCCCCAAGACGAGUCACAUGUGCAAGCUAUUCAAGGUGAACCCUACAAAAUUCGGGCCCCUCACCAAUUUCCCGGACUACACAUUCAUGGAUGGACGACCAACACCUCUUGGGGCUCAUCAAAAGAAGCGGAUGGAAGAGCAGAGAGUAAUUGCAGAGAAAAUUGUGAACCUCAACAAGGAAAUUGCAUUUGCAAAGGAACGACAUGCACGUAUCCUACGAGAGAAGGAGCUUCAGCAGAAGAGCAUCCAGGAGAGCAAAUUAAAGGAGAAAGGUCAUCUUAUGUUGUAAAAUAAUUAAAGAAUUAGCUCUGUAAUAGAUUAAAGAAUAAAAAAGAUUGUAAAUUA